AUGCAGGCACCGCUAAGCUUUCUGAUGAGAAUUUUCUCUUUCUCCAUUCCACGGGCUGUGUCUCAACAAUCUCGAGGAGGACUGGCACCAAUUUUGGAGGACGACGUAGGAACCGGACUGCAUUCAACAUUCUGCCUUUGUCGAAUGGACGACGGAAGAAUCAGCGCGUUGGCUGUUCGACUGACGCUCAGUAGUUCGGAUGAAAUCUUGUGUGCCGAUCUGAAUGUGGUGAAUGAUGAGAGGUGGGCUGUGGUGGGCAUCAGCACGUUUCAGAUGGAGAAUGAUGAGAGGUGGGCUGUGGUGGGCGUCAGCACGUUUCAGAUGGUAGUCUCAUGA